CCAUCAUUCAGUUUUUUCGCUGUGUAUAAAAUUGUUUAAAAUUAUUCCUGAAUCGGUUUUGAUAAUAUCUUUUGUUUGAGUAGUUAUAUUGAUUUUGAUAGUUAUUCAAUCGAUUUUGAUGGGUUGAAAAGUUACGUUUAUCAUUCACGUCUUGGUUUUUAUUUGAAUAUUCAUUUUUAAAGUUUUGUGAAUUUAUUCUUUGUUUGUCUUUGUACAAAUUUUCGAAUUCCUCAUUACUUAUUCGUUUUUCUUCAAGAAUACUCAAAAAAUCUCUAAAGUUUUGUAUUGUUAAAUUUCUUGCAGUUUGUUGCAAGUAAGUAUUCUUCAGUCCCGCAAUGAAAUGAAUUCUUAGAUUUUCCAUUGCAAAGUUAUCAACAUUUUUAUCGAUUUCUAAAUCGAAUAGAAUUUCUAGUGCCCUAUUCUUGUAUGCUUUAAAGGUUUCAUGUUCGUACUGCGAAAGAUUAUCGAUCCGUUUGAAAAUGUUUAAAAAAGACUUUUUAUCACCAAAUUCAUGUAACAAAUUCUUUUCAAUUUCUUCCCAAGUAAGUUUUAAAAUAGUUUUAGUAAAUGGUUUAGCUUUACCUUUCAAUUUCAGUUGUAUUACAUUAAUCAAAGGUGUAAGAGAAACUCCUUUUGGAAUUUUAUUAUAAAAAUAAUUAAUUUGAUCAAGGAAAGUAUUUAAAUCUUGUGAUGUACCAUAAAAAUCUGGAAUACACUUAAUCGCAGAAUCCAUUGGAAACUCGGUAUCCUCCAUCAUAUUCAAUUUUAAAUCUAUCAAACGCUCUUUUUGAUUUAGUUUACUUGCAAAACAUUCAAGAGUUAACUGAAAUGAUUUGACAGUUUCAUUAAAAUUGUUCACAAUCUUGUCAUAUUCUUUGGGAAUUGAACUCUCUCGUAACUCAAUCAAUUUAUCUUUGUAAGAAUUGACUGCCACUUUUGCUUCUUUCAUUUUUAAAACAAUGUCUUCCUGUUCAUUGGGAAUAUUAUUGGAAAGAAAAUUCAUUUCCGUAGCAAAAUAAUCAUCUAGCUUCUUUAAAUUUUCCAUGUUGAAAGAAUUUAACAGUUUCACUUUUCAAAAUAACAUUUAAUAAAAAUAAUAAUAAUGCUCAUGAACAAAAUUAUCCACUUCAAUUUAAUUACAAAAAUAGUAAAAUAUUACAACUUACCCAUUUUUCUUUGCUGGUUUUCUGGGUGUUCUCCAUGGCUGGCGGUUCGAUGAAAAAUAUUUCGAUAAUCGUGAUUUUAAAGCUUCAAUCGUCACAAAACUGAAGUUGCUUUCCAUGGUUUUGGCUGGCGGUUUGUCACAUUUUUUCAAUCAUCAUGGCUGGCGUUUGAACUGCCAUCUUCACUCGUCACUAAAUGUUUCCUUUGGCAUUGGCUAGCGGUUCGACACUGGUUUUUUCACUUGUCCGAAAAUAACGUUCCUGUUUCAAAUUGAAACUUUUACGCUGUCACCACAUGUGUAACCUUAGUCUCUAAUUUAACAGCGGGAUUUCUUUCAUGUCCAUUCCUUUAGCACAGUUCGACACCAUUUUCAGUUUAACUCCAAAAUAUGUAUUCUAAGAUUUUCCUUAAACUUAUAGUAACAUUUCACUAUGCUUCUAAGAUAUACCCCGUGGCAUUUUGGUAGAAUUGCAUCUGUGCAUCGUAGCACUUACACCGAAUAAUCCACUCCAACUCCUAACUGCAUCUCUCUUCUGCUAACUGCUAACUUCAACUCUCAAUUUCAACUCCCUCCUAAUUUCAACUACCCCGAUUCUAAAUCUAACUUAGGCUUUUAUACUCCGAAGCGUUUUUAGUCAAGACGCAUGCGCAAUAUUCAUCUCUACGGGAGUAGCUCAGCCACGUGCGUUUUGACUACACCGCGUUGAUCUUGAAAUCUUUCUGCUCGAAAAUUCUCAGCAGGGAUCCUGGCAGAGUUCAUGACCCUUCUGUUUUCGCUUUGUGCUUUUCCUUCCAUCCUCCUACUGUGUUUAUUUAUGUCUUAACCUACGUGCUCCUAGAAAUAUGACACUUGACUCGUGUCAACAUGUGUUAAUGAGUGCAUCUGAAGAUGUUGCACUUCGUCUGAUUGUAAAGACCAAUGUACUUCUGACAAAUUCUUCCCUGUUGGUCGAACUAAAAAUCUACACUGCGUUUCGUGACCAACUGCAAGAUCAAGAACUCCUCGGAACGAACCCGUCUACGCCAUCUAACCAUCCCUGAACUGCGGUCGUCCCUGAACUGCGAUCGUGAGAGUUGUGCAGCACGACGUGCUGUCUCAAGAAAUCCAACACGUGGCCGAGAACGACACGGCCGGGCGUCUCCAAGGGUUGACGCCUUUCCUACACGAAGGCCUCCUGCGAGUGGGAGGAAGACUGCAGCACUCCGAGCUGCCGUUCGCAGCCAAGCACCAGAUGAUCCUGCCCAAGCACCGAGUUACCAACCUGAUUGUCAAGGCCUUCCACGAAGAGCACCUGCACGCGGGGCCGUCGUCCCUGCUCGCGAUCCUGCGCAGACAGUUCUGGCUGCUCGACGGACGGUCGACAGUUCGGAGCGAGACGAGAAGCUGCGUGACGUGCUUCCGCGCGAAGCCACGCAGUACGAGCCAGCUGAUGGGAAGACUGCCGUCCUGCCGAGUGACGGAGAACCUUCCGUUCGACGAGGUCGGCGUGGACUACGCCGGUCCAAUUCUUGUGAAGGUAGGAACCCGAAAGCCGCAGAUCGUCAAGGCAUACUUUGCCGUCUUCGUGUGCAUGGCAACCAAGGCGAUCCACCUCGAGCUGGUCUCGGACCUCACGACCGAAGCAUUCCUGGCCGCCCUCCAGCGCUUCGUCAGCAGACGCGGCGUGCCGCGUCGGAUCCAUUCCGAUAACGGCACAAACUUCAAGGGGGCCAAGACUGAACUACACGAGCUGUACGUUCUUUUCAACGAGCGCGAAUUCAACGACCGGGUCCAGACGUACUGCCAGCCCAAGGAGAUCACCUGGUCGUUCAUCCCACCUGGCGCGCCGAACUUCGGUGGCCUUUGGGAGGUGGCUGUAAAAAGCACGAAGUAUCAUCUGAAGCGGAUCCUCAAACACGCCAAGCUUACCUUCGAGGAGUACGCCACCGUGCUCGCGGAGGUCGAGGCCGUGCUCAACUCCAGACCGCUCUUCGCUACAUCCACCGACCCAGCAGAUCCAGAAGUCCUGACGCCGGGACACUUCUUGAUUGGCCGCCCUCUCAUGGCCAUUCCGGAACCGGCGUACGAGGGAAUACCGACGAACCGGCUGUCCAAGUGGCAGCACCUGCAGCUCUUGCGCGAACACUUUUGGAGAGCCUGGAGACGGGACUACUUGACGACCCUCCAGCCAAGAGGAAAGAACCGGAAGGAGAAUGGUGAACCUGCUGGAGGAGAAAGAUGCGCCACCGUUGGAUUGGAAGUUAGGAAUCGUGACGCAGACCUACCCUGGACCGGACGGUUUCGUGCGAACUGCGGACGUGAAGGUCGGUGGAACCGUCAUCCGGCGACCGAUCUCAAAGCUAUCCGUAUUACCAAUCCUGGACAACGAGCCGGAAAAAUCUGCUGAGUCUUCGUCUCAGCCCGGGGGGAGGAUGUUGGCGGCUUAACUGGCUGCGUUAAUUUGACAGCUCUGCUCGCCUGCCGCAACCAGCUUGCUGCGAUCGAGCGCAACCCUGCGCAACGUUUCUCGCGCGCAACGGCGCGACGUUGCCACGACGCUGAACGAACGACGAGACACGAACGACGACCGACGAUGACGACGAGAGAAAAAACCGCCAUUUUGCGGUACCAGUCUUUUUUCACCCUCGGACAAGUUAACACGUAGUUUUUAAUUAGACUUAAUAAAGCUAGUUGUAGUGCUAAAUCCGAGUGCGUUUACUUUUUUACCACACCCAAGGCCAGUUCGAACAAUAAGUACAGUCCACCCGUGAGUAUUCCGCCGUUUUCCGUGGGGCCAACGUGCCGGCCCGAACAAAAACAUUGGAGUUCAAUUUCCACAACAACAAUUAAACAUUGCAUCAAAUUAAAAUCAAAACAUUGGUCGUCAAUCAAAACAACAACAAUCAAAUCUAAAGCAAAAAUGUGAUUGUACAAAAACAAUCAAAUUUCGAGCAAAUUAUUUGCCUUCAAAUUCCACCAUAAACAUCACAACGAAAAACCAAACUUACUACUUCAAAACAAAACAUUCGUUCCCAAAAUCACAACAACAAGCAAAUCAUUCAUUAAAUUCAAGACCGUCAAUUAUCGCAGACAGUUUUAUGCCUUUUAUCAAUUUCAAAUAACAAGUUCAAGCAAAAAUCUACCUGUUUCAAACACAGGCAAAAUAACAAAGCGAAACUUUGGACCUGCAUCCAGGCAGAUAAACAAAACUGUUGGAUUUCACAACACAACAAUCCAAGCAAAACAAAUGAUCUUUCAUGAAUCAAAAGGUUCGACUUACCGGACUGUGCCAUUGUCGUGAUCGGGGACUUUCUUUUAUAAUAAAAACACAGAUAUUUUGCAAUUAACAAACAACACGUCUUAUUCCACAGAAAUUAACCACAAAACUAAUUUGACAAUCUUCAUUCUCUCUUUCGCCGGCCGCGCGUAUCUCGUUGUUUUCUCGCUCGUUGUUCUCUCUCGCAGCUCGCUAGCACGCUCUCGCACUCAAUCCACAAUCGGCUAACAAUGCAAUAUUCAUGAAGGUGCGCCCUUUUUGUUGCGCUCUUAACUCUUAUUUAUAAAUUAUAUCAAUCUUAUAAUAAGUACUCCUUUAAUAAUUUAUUACAUAUUCAAUCCUGCAACCCAUAAUCCCUACAGUACCUACAUAUCUUAACACCUUGCCUCUACCUCUGAGCCAUGGAUGAAUUGAUGAAAGGGCAAAUGGUUGGGCUGAACUGUAUCCAGAGCCGUACCUUGGGUCCACGGCGCCCUUGGCGAAGUAUCAAUUUGGCGCCCCUCUCAAAUUUACGAGCAUUUUAAUAAAUUGAUGAUAUUUUUCCAUGAUUGCUUCAAAGAGUUUUGAUUUUAUAAUUGCAAUUGGAGUCCUUGAUAUGUUUAAAUUCAGAAACUCAGUUAUUUUAUGUUCAAUUAUUUGAUUAUUUCAAAUAAUUAGAGAUAGGUUAAAUUGAAAAUUUAUUGUAGGAAUUAGGUUGGCUGAAUAUUUUCUCAGAUUUCAUUAAAUCGAUAAUGAUAUCAGGGCUUGUUUUUUUAAUGUUUUUUUUCAGAUAAUUUCACAUAAUUUAAUAAAUCAUGAUUCUUUUUGCUUUAACUUGUUAGCAAAUUUGAUAUUUAAUAAGCCUAAAUUGUUUGAUCUGAACUAGUAUUAAUUCUAUUGUAUAAUUUCCCGGAUUCGUAAAAUAAUCAGAUGAUUUGGCUUUGGAUUUCAUUACGGUGUAAUUCAAAAACAGAAAAAAUCCCUCUUCAAAAUUAAAAAAAAACGAUGCCCGUGUGCCCUUUUGUUUUAUCUAGAUAAGAAUCCUAGCAAGCUUAGUAAAAAAGAACACACCGGCACCGAAGUAUAGUUUUUAAACAUGCAGCCGUAGAAUCAAAUUUAGUCAAAAUCGAAUAAAGAUCAUUAAAAUCCAGCGAUCAUGAUGAAACUUAUUUUAAUGAUAAUAAUAGGUAAAAGCAUUAUAUUUGGUAAAAAUAUUAAGAUAAGAAAUUUUAUUUCGUUUUUGUGAUUCGUCCAAACGAUGCUUGCGAAUAUUUUUAAUAUUUUUUUUUAGUUAUGUUUUGCGUUGAUUUUUUUCAUAGGUAUUUUCUUUGUUUAUUUUUAAUUUGUAAAAUUAAAUUUUAUAUUCUAGUAAAUUAUUUUUUGCACAAAGCUAUUUGAAUGUUCUCAGACCAUGAUAAUUUUUUUGCUUUUAACUGAAUUUUUUUAAUAGUUUCUCAUUACCAAAGCUUUUUAGACGAUUUAAAAAGUAAACAACAUUUGUUAAAGAACGGUAUGCUGAUCGGAAGGAACGCGGUCAAGAAAUGUUGCGUGUUCUUUUCGUGACACCCCCAAGAAAAGUUGAUAGUUCGGUUUGAGCGCGAUUGACGGUGUGCGCGCUUGAGGUUCUUUCGAGGAAAAAAUAAAAAGAUUCAAAAUAUUCAAAAGUUAAAAUUAAAGAUUAAACAUUUUUAUUCAAAAACUUUUAACAACAAUUAUAAACAAAAUUAUGAUUUCUAUCAAUAAUUGAAAAUUCCCGUUAAAAAAACUGAAAAUUAUAAAUUCUUAAAAUCUAAAACUAGAAAAACUAAAAUAAAAAAUUAUGUAACUAUGAAAUAAGGAAAUAAAAAAUAAGGAAAUAAGAAAUAAGGAAAUUAAAAAAUUAGGAAAUUAGGAAAUCAGGGAAUUAGGAAAUUUGGAAAUUAUGAUAUAAGCAAAUUAGUAAAAUUAAGAAAAUAAGAAAAUUAUGUAAUAAGGAAACAAGGAAAUUACCAAAUUAUAAAAUUAAGAAAUGAGUAAAUUAGGAUGUUAGGAAAUUAGGAAAUUAGGAAUUAGGAAAAUAGGAAAUUCAAUUUAAAAAAUAGGAUAUUCGGAAGUUAAGAAGUUAAGAAAUUAGGAAAUUUGGAAAUAUGGAAAUCAGGAAAUUAGGAAAUAAGGAAAUUAGGAUAAUCGGAAACUAGGAAAUCAGGAAAUUAGGAAGUUUGGAAAUUUGGAAAUUAUGAAAUAAGGCUGGUACAAAUGUUUUUUUUUUCUUGAAUUUUUAAAUUCUUAAAUUCUUAAUUUUUCAUUCCAGAUUUUUUUAAUUUUGGAGGAAAUAGAGUUUUUGAUUGUUAUAAAUUCGAGGUUUUCGUAAAUUUGUAUUUAAGAAUUUCUAUAUUUCCGAUUUUUAAAAUUUUUGAAAUUUCGACUUGUACAUUCGCUUAGAAUUUUAAAAUGUUUGAGCAAUUGAAUUUAUAAAAACUUUAAUAUUAAAAUCUGGGUGCAGAAUAGUUGUCCGCAAAGCGGCCUCAAUUUAGAACUGUCAAAGCGGAACCAAUUUACUGUUCGCAAAAUAAUACCAAGAAGUGGCAAGUAUUGUGAUCGAUCUAUAAUUUAUUUUGUCAGGAAUAAAAAAAAGUCGAUUGCGUCGAGCUAUUAAGAUAUUCGAAGUCAAAACAUCUUAAGAAGAGGGUUGAAACCGAGAUUGGCAUGAUUCGUUGCUAACAUUUCAAAAUCGCUAUGUCUCACGCAAAACUUAUGUUUAUGACGAUUUUGAAAUGUUAGCGACGAAAUAUCAAUGACUAUGAAUGGUACCUGCCAAAUAAUAUUGGAUAAUCUUACUCCGAUAUUAUCACUGCACAUCAAAGAUACAUAAUCUCGGAACUUUUAUUCGGUUGCUCUUCUGGUUCACGAAAUUCCACCCACUUCGUGAUGAAAAAUUGUCAUCACGAGGAAAACAAAAAAGGCCUCUUUUGGCCACCCAUUGUUUAGUAUACGAAGAAAAAAGUGGGAUGCACUUAAUUUUUCAUCGAAAACAUCAACAUCAACAGAUUCAAAA